AUGGCGGAAAAGCACAAAACAAACCCAUCGCGAAGGCUGGGGAGCAGCAAGCAGCAACAGCAGCAGCGGCAGCAGCAGCCCAAGCAGCAGCAGCAGCGCCACAAGCAGCAGCAGCAGCAGCAGCAGCAGGGGCCCCACAGCCGGCCCUACUACACUCCCGUGUCUGUUCCUGCUGGCUACAAAAGCAGCAGAUUAAUAAUUAGGAAUUUGCCCCCAUUUUUGACGGAAGAGGCGCUGCGGGAGCACGUUGCUGCUGCUGCUGCUGCCUGCAGCAGCAGCAGCAGCAGCAUCACCUACUGCGCCAUCAAGAGAAACAAAGAAGGCAAAAGCCGCGGAAUUGCUUUUGUGGGGUUGGAGACAGAAGCUGCUGCUGGUGCGCUGCUGCAGCAGCUGCGGGGGACUUACGUGUACACCCGAAAGAUAGAAAUAGACUACGCGCUGCCUCGCACGUUUGUUGCUGCUGCUACUGCUGCGCCUGCUGCUGCUGCUGCUGCGGAGGCCGCGGCCAAGGCCGCGGCAGACACUGCAGCAGCAACAGCAGCAGCAGCAAAGGCAGCAGCAGCAGCAGAGUCCGGCAAGUGGAAGCACAAGGUGGUCCCAACUAAGGCGGGAGUUAAGGCUGAGAGGCGGCACGUUUUGUUUGACGAUGCAGCAGAAGCAGCAGCAGUAGCAGAAGCAGCAGCAGCAGCAGAAGCAGCAGCAGCAGCAGACGAGGGCGCAGCCACGACCGCAGCAGCCCUCGCGGCGCUGCUGGAGGAGGACGAGCCGGACGACUUGGCGUGGCUGCAGCAGCAGCAGCAGGAGCAGCAGCAGCAGAAGCAGCAACAGCAGCAGCAGCAGCAGCAGCAAGAGCUGGAGCGGCAGCUGCUGGAGGCCCACGGGCGACUCUUAAUUACCAAUUUGCCCUACAGCAGCAGCGAAGAAGACGUGCGGUGUCUCUGCAGCGCAGCAGCAGGAGAAGCAGCAGAAGUUAUUUUAAUGAAAGACAAAGAAAGCAAAAAGUUCUUAGGAAGAGCUUUGGUGACUUUUGUGUUUGCUGAAGCUGCUGCUGCUGCGUUGCAGCAGCUCAACGGCAUGGUCUACCGGGGGCGCAUCCUUGCUGCUGCUGCGGCGCAGCCGAAGCAGCAGCAGCAGCAGCAGCGCGGGGGCGAGAAAACCAGCUUCAAGAAGAAGCAGCAGCAGCAGCGGCAGCAGCAGCUGCAGCAACAGCAGCCGCACAAGGCCUGGAACCUGCUGUACGUGCUGCCGUCAGCAGCAGCAGACGCAGCAGGCGCUGCGCUGGCGGUCUCGAAGCGCGACUUGCUGCUGCAGCAGCAGCAGCAGCAGCAGCAAGCCACGCCUGCAGCAGCAGCAGCACUUGCAGAGGCCCACGUGCUGCAGCAAACCAAAGAAUGGAUCGAAAGAGAAGGCCUCAUUUCUGCUGCUUUCAUUCGCAGGGGCGCAGACCCCAUGACAGCAACGUACGACGCAGCAGCAGCAGCAGCAGCGGGACCAGCAGCAGCAGCAGCAGCAGCAGACACCGAACGCAGCAAAGACACACUCAUCGUGAAGCAGCUUCCUGCUGCUCGAGUCGAAGCAGCAGAACUUUUUAAUUUGUUUCGAAGACACGGAGAGAUUUUGCGUUUUUGUUUAUCUCCUUCGAAGACUUUGCUGGUGGUGCAGUUU